AUGCCUUAUCGUUUUGAAAUUGCUUCCCAAGGCCGGGCUGCCUGCAAGGGCCCCGAAUGUUCUCGUGAGCGUAUCAAGAUCACCAAGGGUGAGCUUCGUGUCGGCACCUGGAUUGAGGGUCAAUCCUUCCAGAGCUGGUCCUGGCGCCACUGGGGCUGCUUCACGCCCAAGAUGAUCGAAAAUGUCCGGAAGAGUCUUUCUGAUGAUCAGGAUCUCUCUGAUCUCUCCGAACUUGAUGGCUUCGAGGACCUGAGCGAGGAGCUCCAGGCCAAGAUUCAGAAGGCCCUCGAUAUGGGUCACAUCGACGAUGAGGAGUGGAAGGGUGAUGUUGACUUCAACCGCCCUGGAAAGACUGGCAUGCGUGCUAAGACUCGCAAGACCAAGGCUGAGAAGGAGGAUGUUGAGGAGUCUUCUGCUGGCAUCAAGCGUAAUCGCUCUGAUUCCGAGACUGAGGAGCAGCCCAAGAAGAAGCGCACCCGUGCUAAUAAGGCCACUGACGAUGAUUCUGCCAUUGCUGAAGCUGCUGUUGCCGAUCCUGACCCCAAGGAGGCUAAGAAGCGUGGUCGCCCUGCCAAGAAGGAGCCUGAGAAUGCCCCUGCUGCUACUGAUGCCGAACCAAAGAAAGAGCAGAAGAAGCGUGGCCGUCCCGUCAAGAAGGAGCCUGAGACCGAAGCUGCUGAUGUUAAAGCUGUGGCCAAUGAUGAGCCCAAGAAGAGAUCUACUCGCAGCACGAAGGAGCCUGAGAACGACGCUGCUGACAUUGAUGUUACGGCCAAGGGUGAGCCCAAGAAGAGAUCUACUCGCGAGAAGAAGUCUACCCAGGAUCAAACCACCGCUGCCGACACUGAUUCCAAGAAGAAGCCCAAGAGCGAUGCUGCCGGCGUUGAUGCUGCGGCCAAGGAUGAGCCCAAGAAGAGAUCUACUCGCAGCAAGAAGGCUACCCAAGACGAAACCACCGCUGCCAACAUUGAGUCCAAGAACGAGCCUAAGACCGACGCUGCUGAUGCUAAAGCUGUGGCCAAAGAUGAGCCCAAAAAGAGAUCUACUCGCAGCAAGAAGGCUACCCAGAACGAAACCACCGCUGCCGACACUGAUUCCAAGAAGAAGCCCAAGAGCGAUGCUGCCAGCGUUGAUACUGCGGCCAAGGACGAGCCCAAGAAGAGAUCAACCCGUGGCAACAAUACUACCCAGAAAGGAAUCAGUGCUGCCGAUAUUGAGCCCAAGAAGGACACCAAGCCUACUCCCCGUGCCAAGAAGGCCACUGUCGCCGAGGCUGCUGUUGCUGACAACGAAACCACCAAGCAUGAGUCUGCUGAUGUUGAUCCUGUUAACAAGGAAAAGGCCCCCAAGAAAAAGCGUUCUGCCACUGCCAGCAAGACCGACAACAAGUCUGCUACCAAGGAAGCUUCGCCUGCUGAGGACAACAAUGCCAACCAGGAGCCCAAGAAGCGUGUCACUCCCACCAAGAAGGCUGAGGACAAGAAUGCCUCUUCUGCUGGAAGCGAGAACUCUCCUGACAAUGAGGCCAUCACCACCGAGAGUGAGCCAAACAAGCGUGCCGCUGGUUCUAAGAAUGCUGCCGACAAGAACGCUUCCCCUGCCGAGACCGAGGUUUCUUCCGCCGACACUCGCGGCGGCAAGCCUGCCACCAAGGCUGCCGAGGAGGCCGCCAAGGAGACUGCAGAGAAGGAGGUGAAGACCGAGGACGGAGCCGACGAUGAUUUCUAG